AAACAGAGAGAGAGUGAGAGAAUCGGAUGGUUCCUGGUAAAAACCAGAGUCGCCAUCCAAAUGCAGCGUCCACCAGUUUCGGACAAUUCUUUGCUCGUGAGGAAGAUGCCCACCGACAGCAUGAGUUCCGGAGAAGUUCGGAGCUCUCGGGGGUCAAUAGAGCAUGAGUACGACAAGCUCUCGAGCUUUGGAGGUUCGGAUACUCGCAAGGGCAUCGCCCGUAACAUCUGCACCAGACUCGUCGAUGCGGGAUCGACCGCGCCGACCUUCGCGUCCACGGACGCCGAGGACCUCCCGAUGGGCAGCCCGCUCGGCUCGCAUCUUCUGGACGCGAUCGUGGGGUCCGCGAUUUUGAUCCCCAUCCUAUCUGAGAACUACGCUGCCGGCAAAUGGUGCCCCUGCGAGUUCGUUCAGAUGGUGGAGAACAGGGAGAGCACGGGGCACGUGCUCAUGCCCAUCUAUGAAGGAGUCGAGAACCUGACGGGGAGGCUCGGGGAGGCCUUCCAUUCACAUGAGAUGUGCUUUGAGCAAAGGGAGGUAGAGGCAUGGCAACAGGCGCUCAGAGAUGUCAGCUUCUUGCAACGAUGGGAGUCAGCGCAAAUCGCUAAUGGGCACCAAGGAGAAUUUGUAAGGAUAGUUGUUGAAAUGGUUCUGAGUGAGUUACGACAAGGUUUUCGGGUAGAUGUUCCUGUUGGAAUUGAUGCUCAUAUGAAGAAGAUUAUCGGAUUGCUGGACAGUAAUCAAACAAUUGGAACUUACGGCAUGGGCGGCAUUGGCAAAACGUAUUUUCACCUGCGGAGAACUUGUGCAUUGUAGCUCAAGCACGGAACAUUCUUGUCGACGAUGAUAAGUCGGGAAGUAGGAUCAUCGUUACAUUUGAAUUUAAAACUGUGCUUGAUCAAGGAUGAGCAGGAGAACUGGCCUCUGGAUCUUUGAGGAAGCCUUGAAAGUGCUAGAAGCGAAAAAGGGUUCUGAAAAGGUUCAGGCCAUUUGUUUCGAGAGAGAUGGCACAGAUGAAAUAGUUGACCAAGGGUGCUGAAUGUAUUCUGAAUUGGUAGUAACUUGUGGUUCGUCAAAAGUAAGAGGUGAAAAUUUUGCUGGAGAUUGUACGAAAUUAUUAUCUGAAUUUAAGAUGGCUUCUGUGGGAGAGUUGUC